AUGACGCCGGAAGAAGUGGCGCGUUUCGCCAGUGAUGUGAGGCUGUUCUCUCCAGAAGACAUUGACCGUUUACAUCGUGUUCUCUUCCGUCUCCAAGAAGCCGACAUCAGCUUCACUCCAUCAGCGUUACAACGCGAAUACAAUGCCAUAUUCCCAGAAGGCUAUGUAUCGACACAGUACGAUGACGCGUGCUUGCAGUGGCUCCUCGACCUCCUCGAGACCGAUCCUCACAUUCCUCUCAACGAAAAGUUCCUCGAUGUUUUACAAGAGGCGAACAUAGUGUUGACGACCGAUGGAACUUCCACGGAUGCGGCGACCGACUACGGGGAAGGGCGGAACAGCCGAGUCGGCAGUUAUAUUUCUAUGCCAGUGCGACCUGCCACGCCUGACUCGAUCGACUCGAUCAAUGAAAAUGACCCUCUCUGGCAACAAGCUGUUGCACUUGACAACCGAAAAUUAGCAUCGCAAGCGCUUGAACAGUGGCGCCAGAAGCUGCAAUUGCAAAGAGCUGCAUACCUGGAAUAUGAAGACCCGGCUAUGAAUGCAGUGGCAGACAGUCUGUACCUGCGCAACCUCGCAAGAAAGGUUUUGUCGCAUUGGCGCAACACAGUCGCCGAAAUCCGUCAACUUGACAAUGUUGCGGAUGGGUUUCGUAUGCGAAGGGAUGCCGCAUCUUCGCUCAAGAAUUGGACACUGGCUACUCGUGAAAUGCUCUUUGUUAAGAUCAGGGAUGAGAGAGUCCUCCGUAAAACUCUGGGGAAGUGGCAAGAGAGGACUGCGAACCUCCGAGAGAUGGAAGUUGCAGCUGCUGACGUCCGUGACCGACAAGCACUUGAAAAUGCGUUGAUGAAGAUGGUAGCCAAGAGAAGCCAGAUCCGACAAGCAGAAACCCAGGCGGUUCUUGUGUAUGAAGGGAACUUAAGCCGCAAAAUGCUUCAGAUAUGGUUGGUGCAGCUUGACCACAUUCGACUAAAUGAACGACGAGCAGAAGCCGCAGCAGACUAUUUUGCAAGCAAACAUACGCUCCAGAAGUGGCGGGAAAAGGCUCGACUCCGAAUCGAAGAGAAAAAAGCCAUACAGGCUCGCAAGCAUGUUUUGAGCUUUACUUACUUUCACAAAUGGUGCGCAGCAACCAAGAAGAGCAAGGAGGUGAAAUACUCUGAAUCAUACAAAAUCAUGAGACGAAAAGUCAAGAUGAACAUCGCUCGGACAGCACUGAAUGUUUGGAGGGAGAAGGCCACCCAGAUGCGUCAGAUGAAUGUGACAGCUCAGGAAUUCCGGGCUCGCAAAGAUGUGGAAAAUGCAAGGCGCACUGCCCAUAGCGCAAUCAUCAUCAUGUACAACAAGACCGAGCAAAUCCAGGAAGCCAAUGUCCGAGCCGAUGGUCUGUUCCGCAAGAACCUCAUUGAGCGCCUCGAAAUCUUCGGAUCGAAUUGGCUUGUGCCCACCCGGCAAAUCCUCGAGAAUCAGAGGAAGGCAGACGAAUACCGCUCUACAAGGACUGCCAGCUACGCAGUUCAAAUGCUAAGAAAUUGGAGGAAUGCGGCAUUUAGGACAAAACGACUGGAGGAGGACGCCGAUGUGUUAUUCCAUCGUAAUGAGAAGAAACGGGCUCUUGGAUUCCUCCAGGCGUGGAGGCAGGCGUCCACCAGGUCCAGGAGGGAGGAGGCGGUAAGAGAGGCAUCUCUGGUUCCCGCGACGCCAGCGGCUCGAAGGAGCCAACUGCUGGCAUCCACAACACCGGCGUACACUCCAGCCAUUGGUUUAUUUGACAAGAAUAUCGGCGCAGUGGAGGAGGAGGAAUGA